AUGCCAAGCACUCGCUCUAGAGGCGAAAGAUUGGUGCAACUAGUUAGCGAACCCGAACGUCUUUUAAGACGUAGAAAUUUAGAAAAUCAAUUAGAGAUUCCUCUUCCCGAUUUAGUUAUGACUGAAGCCCCACAAGAACAACCACUAAGGUCCUACGCUAUUCCUUCGCAAGAAGAACCGCACAAUAGCAUCGCUGCCCGCGCUAUUGAAGCAAAUAACUUUGAGCUUAAACCUUCAUUGUUGUCAGCCGUACAACAAAACCAAUUCUCCGGAAACCCCACGAACGACCCCAAUUUACAUUUGUCCAUAUUCUUGCAAUACGCAGAUACCGUGAAGGCAAAUGGUGUCAGUCCCGAAGCUAUAAGACUUCGUUUAUUCCCUUUCUCGUUAAGAGAUAGAGCUAGAGCUUGGCUCCAGUCCCUACCAUCUAACUCAGUCACCUCAUGGGAUGAGUUAAAGAAAGUCUUUUUAGCCAGAUAUUUCCCACCCAGCAAAACUGCUAUGUUAAGAGCGCAAAUUAAUGGAUUUAAACAAAAAGACAACGAGUCUCUUUUCGAAGCAUGGGAAAGAUACAAAGACAUGAUUAGGCUAUGCCCAUAUCAUGGACUCGAAAAUUGGCUAAUUGUCCACACCUUUUACAAUGGUCUCUUGUAUAAUACAAUAAUGACAAUAGACGCCGCAGCUGGCGGUGCACUUAUGGAUAAACCAUACAACCAAGCCUAUCAGCUUAUCAAGAGCAUGGCUCAGAACCAUUAUCAGUGGGGAAACGAGAGAACAACCGUAGAGAAACCUCAAACGAAAGGCGGUAUGUACGAAGUAAGCGAGCUUAACCUUGUUAAAGCCAAACUUGAAGCUCUGACUCAAAAGAUGGAGAGUAUGACCACAACACCUGCAGCCACCGUGGCUGCCACAAUAUCAAACUGCGAACUGUGUGGAAUUCAAGGGCACACUAUCGCUGAAUGUCAACUCUUGACGGAAGUCCCCCCAGACCAAGUGAACUAUACUCAAGGAAACCCUUACAACCAAGGUCCGAGGAACCAUCCAUACCUUUCGUACAAAAGUAACAACGCUCUAUAUGCACCUGGCCAAACACCUACUCCUUCGCAACCAGGAUUCCAAAAACCUGCUCAAAAUGCUCAUAUGAAGUCAAACCUUGAAUUGAUGAUGGAGAACUUCAUAGCCGUACAAACUCAAACUAACAAGGAAGUCCUAAAUCAAAACAUACACACUAGUGAGCAAAUUAAGCAAUUAACAAGCAAGCUUGAUGUCUUGACCACUCACAAUAAGAUGUUAGAGACACAAAUCGCACAAGUCGCACAACAACAAGCAUCUACCUCUGUUCCUGCAGGCAUAUUUCCUGGCCAGCCUCAUCCAAACCCUAGGGGACAUGUGAAUGCUGUUAUAUUACGAAGUGGGACACAAUACGAUGGACCAACUGAUCCUAGAACUAAAAAUCCUGCCAUGCAACCCAAUUUCGAUAAGACAACCGAGAAGGAAAGUGAACCUAAUGAAGAAGGGAAGGAAGAUAGUGGCGAAGAAACCGUAGAGAAGAAAAGACCAUAUGCACCUCCGCCACCUUAUAAACCACCCAUCCCUUAUCCCCAAAGAUUCGAAAAAUCUAAAAGCGUAGGGCAAUUCAAGAAAUUUGUAGAGCUUCUAAAACAAUUAAAUAUCACAAUACCUUUUACAGAAGCCAUUACCCAAAUGCCCUCAUACGCUAAGUUUCUUAAAGAAAUCUUAACUAAUAAGAAAAAGAUCGAGGAAGAAGAAACCGUUAUGCUUACUGCAGAGUGUAGCGCCAUACUUCAAAAUAAUAUGCCUCCUAAGCUAAAAGACCCAGGAAGUUUUUCCAUACCAUGUGUCAUUGGAAAAUAUGUCAUAGAUAGAGCACUAUGCGAUUUAGGAGCCAGUAUAAGCUUAAUGCAUAUGCCCAUAUGUGAAAAACUUAAGUUAGGAGAAUUGAGACCAACUAAAAUGUCAAUACAAUUCGCUGACCGUUCUGUCAAAUACCCCCUAGCAACCGCCGGUGCCAUAAUAGAUGUGAAAAAAGGAAAGCUCACCUUUGAAGUAGGUGAAGAAAAAGUUGAAUUUAUCUUAACACAAUUCAUGAACGCAUCGGCCAUUGAAGAUAGUUGCUAUAUGUUAGACGUCGUCAAAGACCAUAGAAAAGAGAUGGAGAAAGAUAAAACCAAAAAUUUUGAAAUUCUAAAAACUCCCAUCCUUCCGACUCAUAAAAAUGGUAAUGACGACCUAGCUAAAUGUUUAAAGAAAAGCUCUUGCUAUAGACUCGACAUAGCUGAAAAAAAUGUCGAUAACACACCCUUUAAACGAGUACCUCCCGACAUACUAAAAGCCCACCCAAAAAGUAAUAUCUUCCAAAAUAAAACGUCUUCGUUUGCCUCCAAGAAAAAGAAAGGAAAAAGGAAAACACCUAUGAGAUGGUUUGACAUGUUCAAAUGGAGACCUAAGGAUGUUGGGCAUAAUUUUAAGAACGUGAGUUUGGAAGAGGCACCAUACUAA